GAACAAAUAACCAUAAUUCGUAACUGACACCGUGGCAUACAAGUGGAGCACGACCAGUGAAAUUACAUCAAACAUGAUAUGUUGUUCCCGGAUGAGACAUACGAAGAUUAUCAUCGACGCAUAAGUUUGACAAAUACUCGUAGCAAAUCUACAGCAACGUCAUUGCCAAAUACCACCACUACAAGCGAAGGGAGCCUUAAGAAAGACAAUUCCAAACGCAAGGCUGCAUCAAGUGGCAGCAGUGAGCGGGAGAGUAGUUGUACUAGCAGUAAUAGUGGCAGUUACAAAAGGUGUAACGAAUUCUUUGACAAUAUACCGGAGCUCGAAGAAGAGGAACAUGUUCCCCACUUUGAUCGACAGCAUGAGAAAAGUAAACAAAGGACACCAAAACAUCGCCAAAGCAGUAACGGAUACGGCGACGAGUCUUCAGAUUUGUCCACAAAUCCAUAUUUCUUGCGAAGGUGUGAAGCGUAUAUGCGGCAAUAUGGAAUACGGCCUGAUUUCUUUUGCCAGUAUUACAAAGCUGUUUGUAAUUCAGCAUCGGCUUCAUCUUCAAGCAGAAAUACUCCUUCUCGAAAUAAGCAAAUCAAGAAAAUUUCAUAUUCAUCUAAGGAACAUUCCAAGUCUGGCUCGCCUAGAAAUCCCAUAGCAAGUAAAACUUCUUCGUCGGAAGAAAUGGUCCAAAGAUUUACCAAACGUUCGGCAAUAUAUACUUUACCGAUGACCAAAAGGAAAUUAGAUGUCCAUGACAAGAUCGCAAAUAAUGAGACAACAGGUAACAAUAUCCAGCAUUUAAAUAAUGUAAGAACCAUAAAAUUUUAUGCCGCAUCAUAA